GGUUUCGCGCAUUAGGGUUGUCUCUACUCUCUAGGCUUCUUCUCAUCUUAAGAGAUCGAGAUCGGCGAUGGCGCAACAGGAGGAGAGAUCCGCAGGAACUGUUCAGUGGUUCAACGAUUCGAAGGGAUUCGGCUUCAUCAAACCAGACGACGGCGGCGAAGAUCUCUUCGUUCACCAUUCAUCCAUCAAGGCUGAAGGUUAUCGCAAACUCUUCGAGGGUGAUUUCGUCGAGUUCCAGAUCUCGCUUGGGCCAGAGGGAAAAACGCAGGCCAUCGACGUCACCAUCAAGAAGAACGCUGGAGGGCGCAGCGGUGGCGGAUUUAGAGGAAACGAGAGAAGGAGCAAUGGUGCUGGUUACGGUGGUGGAGCCGGAGGUGCCGGAUGUUACAACUGCGGCGAUCCGAAUCACAUGGCUAGGGACUGUGGCCGUGGUGGUAAUAGCGGUGGUGGAGGUGGUAGUUGCUAUAAUUGCGGUGACAGGGGUCACUUUGCGAGAGACUGUACUGUGGGGAACAACGAUGGGGGAAAGAGUUGUUAUAACUGUGGGGGGUACGGGCACAUGGCGAGGGAUUGUGUUAGUAUCAGCGGUGGCGGUGGUAAUACUAGUGGUGGUGGCGGUGGGUGUUACAACUGUGGGGAGCAUGGACACUUGGCAAGGGAUUGCGUUAGUAUAAGCGGUGGCGGUGGUAAUAGUAGUGGUGGCGGUGGUGGGUGUUACAACUGUGGGGAGCAUGGACACUUGGCAAGGGAGUGUAGGAACACUGGAGGUGGUGGUGGGAGAUUCGAGAGGGACAGGGGGGCUGGUGGCGGAGGCGGUGGUUGUUACAAUUGCGGGAGGCCUGGGCAUUUUGCAAGGGAGUGUACUGCCGCCUGAUCAUGAAAAGAAGAGUAAAUAGUACAUAUUUCUCUUUUUUUCUAUAAUAUUUUGAUUAUCUCGGUUUCUUUUUCAGUUGAGAUAUACUAAUUGUUUGCAUGGCAUCUAUAUUUGUUUUGUUUUAAGUUUGGGGAAUCACCAGCGAGGAAAAAUUUUCCGGUUUUGACACUCAAAGAUGGUGGUUCUGAUAAAAGAUUUUCUUUUUCCAAUUGUUGGUGACUUGGAUAAUUUUCUAAUGAUCUCUCUUAUUAUCUUUUAGCGUGA